CCAAAGAAGUUGGGUGCUAAUGCAGUAAUGCUCGUCCCUUCCUCUCCUCUCCUCUCCUCGUCUCCUCCCCUCCAUUCGCCUGAGCCUCCUCCCCAUCUCCGGAUGGGUGGCUCCACCACCACCGUCGUCGUCAUGCUGAUCGUCGUUCUUCACUACUACAUGCUACUAGUAGACGGCGCCAGUUGGGACGAAGUUUCCUCGGAGGCUGACGGGCCGGCGCCGGCAGAGGGUCCAGACGACGAGCUGUGGCUGCCCAGGGCCGGACCGCCACCGAGGGUCGUCAACGUCGACGACUACGGAGCCGCGGAUGCCGGCGUCGACGCCGCCGAGGCUUUCCUCGCGGCGUGGAGCGAGGCCUGCAACUCCUCCGCCGGGCGGUCCGUGUUCCUCGUGCCCGAGGGCAAGGCGUACCUCCUGAUGCCCGUGAGCUUCCGCGGGCCCUGCAGAGCUGCCUCGGUCGCUGCAAUGAUAAAGGGGACGCUGGAGGCGCCGUCGGACCGGUCGGUGUGGCUGGAGCGCGGCCUGCAGGAGUGGAUCACGUUCGAGGGCGUCGACCGUCUCCGCGUCCUCGGCGGCGGGACGCUCGACGGCAACGGGAUGCAGUGGUGGAUCAACUCGUGCAAGCUCAACAGAUCAGCGCGCUGCGUCACCGGCCCGACGGCGCUGUACUUGAGGAGGUGCACCCGGCUGGUGGUGGAGGAGCUGCAGGUGAGGGACAGCAUGCAGAUGCACGUGGCGAUCGCCUACUCGCGGGACGUGGCCGUGUCGAGGCUGUCCAUCACGGCGCCGGCGUGGAGCCCCAACACGGACGGCAUCCACGUGUCCAACAGCAGGGAGGUGUCCAUAAGCAGGUGCACCAUCGCCACAGGUGAUGACUGCGUAUCCAUCGUGACUGGCUCAACGUUCGUACGGGUGACCAGCAUAUUCUGCGGACCGGGCCAUGGAAUAAGCAUUGGUAGUCUAGGAGCAAACAACUCAUGGGCCCACGUCUCCGACGUCCUCGUGGAGAAGGCCACGCUGCUGGGCACGACCAACGGCGUCAGGAUCAAGACCUGGCAGGGAGGGUAUGGCUACGCCGAGAGAAUUAGCUUCCGAGACAUAUCGAUGCGCAACGUCACUAACCCGAUAAUUAUAGACCAGAACUACUGCGACUCCGCCAGGACGACGACACCGUCUUCUUGUCACGACCAGGGAUCGGCGGUGGCCGUGCGUAAUAUAAGCUACAGAAACAUACAUGGAACCAGCGCUUCCAGAGUCGCCAUCAGUCUCGUCUGCAGCGCCGCUCUGCGUUGCGACGGUAUACGGAUGCAGGAUGUCUACCUGGUCGGAGAAGGAAGAUACGCUACGUGCUCUUACAGGAACGCCACCGUCGUACAGUCUGGGUAUACCUUCCCCUUUUGCAGUGCGGAAAUGUAGUACUAGUAGCACCUACACAUGAACUUAGGGCUCAUUUGGUUUAGCUUUUGAACCUGUUUUUGUUUUUGUUUUUACAAAAAGCCAACCAAUAUAAUGAGAUGAAAAAUCAUAGUUGUGUGCGCAGUACAA